CUGGUGGGAAGCUUCAGCCCCGCUCAGCCCCUCGGCCACGGCCGCUACCUUCACUGAGACUCGGCCGGGGAGUGAGCACGCCGAGCCUGGGAGGAUGCAGCACCCACUGUGGCCUGGGGGCUCCGAGGGGCUCCGGCUGCUUGUCUGCUUCCUGCUGCUGAACAGCUGCCCAGGGGGCUGCAGCGACAUUAGUGCCCACGAUGGUCAGGACCAAGUAGGAGUAGGGCAGCUUUGGCCCCUCCAAGGAUUUGCCACCCCAGUCUUCCAGCAUUUACAGGUUGUGUUCCAGCAGAUUUUGCCCCAAGGUCUGUUCUGGAAGGAUGAUAUCACCCAGGAUGCCAUGAUCCAAAAGAUGGAGCACACCAGCAGACUGCAUCCCCAAGAUCCAUGCCUGAAGGAUGGCAAGGCAGUUUUCCCCACUAAAACCGCUGGGGUGAGAAGCAAGCAAGAGGAGAAACUUUGACUCCUAUUCCCCACGAGCCCCCUGGCCAAGGUGAACAGGGAUCAGUGCUUUACCUCCAAAGUGGUUUCUAAGGUCCUGAAACAAGAGGUGGCCAACCCUGUCAAGGACUUCUCUGGACCAUUUCCUACUGUGGGCUGCAACCUUGUGGCUGAUUGAGACCUCAUGUGGAGCCUCCCUGCCCCAGCACCCUUCCCAUUGACCUUCAGAGGGGCAGUUCUUGGAUGACCCAGAUCUGAAUCAUUAAAGUAGACUCUCAAGCAAA